ACCCUUUUCAAACAUGGGUCUCUUUUCUUUCUCCUCCCGAUCUUCUGGGUCCGCCAUGGCCGCCGCCGUUUUCUUCCUCCUCCUCCUCGGCCUCGCUUCCGCCGCGGAUAUGUCCAUCAUCGACUACGACAAGAAGCACCACAUGGGCGGCGGUGUCGUACCGGGAAGGACCGAGGCCGAGGUUAAGGCCAUGUACGAGUCGUGGUUGGUGCAACAGGGCAAGGCGUACAAUGCGCUGGGUGAGAAGGAGAGGAGGUUCGAGAUUUUUAAGGAUAAUCUGAGGUUUGUUGACGAACACAACAAGGUGGACCGGAGUUACAAGGUGGGGUUGAACCGGUUCGCGGAUAUGACUAACAUGGAGUACAGGUCAAGGUUUCUGGGGAUGAAGAAGGACCGGGCGGCCAGGCUUUCGGGUGAGAAGACGGGUCGGUAUUUGUUUCGGGUCGGGGACAAGUUGCCCGAGUCUGUGGAUUGGAGAGCCGAGGGUGCUGUUGCCGAGGUUAAGGAUCAAGGCCAAUGCGGGAGUUGCUGGGCUUUCUCGACGGUUGGUGCAGUGGAAGGUAUAAACAAGAUUGUGACCGGUGAGCUGAUCUCAUUGUCUGAGCAGGAACUUGUGGAUUGUGAUAAAUCUUACAACCAAGGUUGCAAUGGAGGUCUUAUGGACUAUGCCUUCCAAUUCAUCAUGAACAAUGGUGGCAUUGAUACCGAGGCUGAUUAUCCUUACCGGGGUACCGAGGGGACAUGUGAUAUCAAUAGGAAAAAUGCUCGUGUUGUUUCCAUCGAUGGAUAUGAAGAUGUUCCACAAAAUGAUGAGAGCUCUUUGAAGAAAGCGUUGGCACAUCAACCUGUGAGUGUUGCCAUUGAAGCUGGAGGUCGGGAAUUCCAGCUCUACCAAUCGGGUGUAUUCACUGGACGCUGUGGUACCGAUCUAGACCACGGUGUGCUUACCGUAGGGUAUGGUACCGAAGAUGGCAAGGACUACUGGAUUGUGAAGAACUCAUGGGGUCCUAACUGGGGAGAAGCUGGUUUCAUCAAGUUGGAGCGCAAUGUGGCCGCCAAGACUGGCAAAUGUGGCAUUGCCCUUGAGGCCUCGUACCCAACAAAGAAGGGUCAGAACCCGCCUAGACCUGGCCCAACCCCUCCAUCUCCUGCACCCCCUGUGAAUCCAUCAACUGUUUGCGACGAGUACUACACUUGCCCGGCUGGAACCACAUGCUGCUGCGCCUAUUCGUAUGGAAGCUUCUGCUUUGGUUGGGGAUGCUGCCCUCUAGAGUCUGCAACCUGCUGCGAUGACCGCUACAGUUGCUGCCCUAGUGACUACCCUGUCUGCGACCUUGAAGCUGGAACUUGCAAACUGAGCAAGAACAGUCCAGUGAGUGUCAAGGCAAUGAAGAGAACUUCAGCUACAAGUAGCAUCCGCUGGUUUGGUGGCAGGGGUCCAAGAAAUUGAGAACCAGAUUUAGUGUCUACAAAGGAAAAGCUUGUCUGUGUUUUCAUUGACAUCCCCAGUUACAAACAUACAUUUAGAUCCGUUUAUAGUCGUGAUUAUUGUAGAUAAAUGAACUCAUAUGGGGAUACUGGCCUUAUAUCAAUAAAUGUAAAUACUUUUAUUUGCU